CACGACAUCACAUUCCGACGAUAUAUUCGAAUAAUAUUCGGGACAAGUAACCGAACUGGCGUACCUUGAGGACAUUUUCAGGCUUGAUGUGAGGCGGAGGCGGCAUGGUGGGCGACGAUAGCGGCUGGGAUAAGCGAUCACAAUAGGGUGGAUGAAGACGACGAUGCUAUCCUUCGACUGGGAGAAGGUCGAAAGGGAAGAAAAGGCACGUCGGAUCGCACAACGACAGGCGGGCAGCAGGGAGUCGAGGGCGUUAAGGAGGAGCCUGAAGAUAGAAAGGCUGCCACGCGACGGUCGGCGAGAAAGACCCAGACAAGAGAACGUCAGGCAGUCAAUCUUGUUGAGAAAGACAGACAAGGGCAACUCUCUCUUCUCUCUCUUCUCGCUCUCUGACUCUCUCGUUGUGCGAACCGCGAAAAUUCCGGCCGCCGGCGUUCCCACUUUGGGUUAAGCGAUGCGGGUCACGUGUUUAUCCCCGUGUUUUAUGGCUUGGGAUUGCAGGGAAUUGUCCCCAUGGGAAUGAUUUAUUGUACAUCAUAUAGUUAUUUCUUAUCCAUUCAUUCCAUUGAAGACCUACCU